UCACGCUCUCCGAGGUGCCUUUUGACGUCACGUGGCAACUUUUGCGAGUGAUCCGCGCGCACGGCGGGUUCGGAGUUUCUGCAUGGUUGCAGCUGCUGGACAUCAAACCGUCAGGGACACAAAGCGGGAUUUAUGGGUCGGAGUGUUUGAGAAUGUGCCCACGACGCGCCAUGCGUACUAACGCGCACAAUGUCCCCGAAGCUCGCCGAGACGUAGCUGUGUUCUGACCGAAAAUAACACUUUCUUCACACCAACGCAGGCACAUCUGUGCGCGUCCAUGUCACCGCUGGACGGGUCUCCAGUUCGUCCAUGGAUAAAAACAACCGCCGGACUCCAGGAUGGUUGUUGUGGGAGCGACUAACGGAACUUUCUCCGCUGACAACAUGAGGUCCGCGUUCAUGAUCGAGGACACAGUCGGCGGCGGAGAGCCUGGCAUUUCCACCAACAUGAUGAUCUCUGAAGCUCUGGCGCCUCGGCUGCUGAAAAUUGCGCAGGACGCCGCAGAAGCUGCGGCAGCGGCGGCGGCAGCGGCCACUUCUCCGUCCUCCUCCAGUCAGCCGCAGGUCAUGGAGACGAACGGGACGCGCUGCGGGGAGCAGAUCCUGAGCUACGGCCGCGUGGAGAAGGUUCUGAUCGGCGGGGUGCUCACCAUGCUCACCCUGUCCACGAUCUGCGGGAACCUGCUGGUGGUCAUCUCGGUGUGCUUCGUGAAGAAGCUGCGCCAGCCUUCCAACUACCUGAUCGUGUCUCUGGCGCUGGCCGACCUGUCCGUGGCGCUGGCCGUGAUGCCGUUCGUCAGCAUCACGGACCUCAUCGGCGGCCAGUGGAUAUUCGGACAGUUUUUUUGCAACGUUUUCAUCGCCAUGGAUGUGAUGUGCUGCACCGCGUCCAUCAUGACUCUGUGCGUAAUCAGCAUCGACAGGUACCUGGGCAUCACCAAACCUCUGACCUAUCCCGUCCGACAGAACGGCUGCUGCAUGGCCAAGAUGAUCCUGUCAGUGUGGCUCCUCUCCGCCUCCAUCACCCUGCCCCCGCUCUUCGGCUGGGCGCAGAACGUCAACGACGGCAGAGUCUGCCUCAUCAGCCAGGACUUUGGCUACACCGUCUACUCCACGGCCGUGGCCUUCUACAUCCCCAUGUCGGUCAUGUUGAUCAUGUACUACAGGAUCUACAGAGCAGCCAAGCUCAGCGCCGCCAAGCACACAAUCACCGGCUUCCCCAGGGCCGGGGAGCACCGCGCAGGGGCGGCACACAGAGGGGGCCGAGCGGUGCACGAGCCCCGGCAGCCGUCAGAGUCUGGGGAGACGGGGAGCGUCGAGGCAACGGAGACGGAGCAAUGUGAGGAGGAGGCCGAGGAGGAGAGCCUGGACUGCGUGGCGGCGGCGCUGAAGCUGCAGCGGGAGGUGGAGGAGGAGUGCAGCAGCCGCGUGUCCCGCCUUCUGAAGAGCGGUGAGCACUACCAGCGGAGGAAGAGGAAGAACCAGUCCAUCUUCAAGCGGGAGCAGAAGGCAGCAGCCACCCUGGGCAUCGUGGUGGGCGCCUUCACCUUCUGCUGGCUGCCGUUCUUCCUGGUGUCCACGGCCCGGCCCUUCGUCUGCGGCGUGGAGUGCAGCUGCGUGCCGCUGUGGCUGGAGAGGACGCUGCUGUGGCUCGGCUACGCCAACUCACUCAUCAACCCCUUCAUCUACGCCUUCUUCAACCGCGACCUGCGGACCACCUACAGCAACCUGCUGCGCUGCCGCUACCGGAACAUCAACCGGAAGCUGUCGGCAGCCGGCAUGCACGAGGCUCUGAAGCUGGUGGAGAAGCCAGAUGCCUGAAGAGGCAACGCAGCCAAUCAGGAGAGCCGUGAAACAUCCAGAGGGUGGAACUAACCUCCCUGCUGCCAGACUGAUUAUCUCCUCCUUAUGUAUGAAGGUUAAGGCCAGAGGAGACAGGAGGCUGGAGCAGAAGAGGGAGGUGUUUGAAGCAUCAGGCUGAUCAGGGAUGUCUGACUCUACGGUGGACUGGAUUUUGCUGACAGCAGCUGAUCGAGCUGCAUGCUGGUUUACACUCCUCUGUUUGGAUGGAUGGAAAUCCACCAGCUCACGUCUCGCUGCCUUUCAUUUUCAGUUGGAGCCUCGGAGAACCAAACAGGAGCUGCAGCUGCUUGUUGGUUCUGCUCUUCAGCACAAACACCUGGACAAACAAUGACUAAUGUGUAAAAAUGUAAAUAAUGUACAGAUUGGAGUCUAGCUGCUUUUAGUCACCGUGCUUAAUGCUUGUUUAAGAAUAGUUAGCUGAAAGCUCUGUGUAUCUGAUCUCUGAUGUUUGUGGCAGGCAGCUCUCUUCUGAACAGUGCAGAACUUAUUUACUGUGAGACGUUAGCACGGCCCUGUAGCGGGGAGAGAAAUGAGAUGAUUUCAGACACUGGACUGAAUGAGCCUGUGCCUUUUCCUGCUCUGUCCUUCAUGUUUUGGUUGCAGGGCACAACAGCCUCAUUUUGAAACCUGCACUUUGUGCUUCAUCAGUGUUUCAUUUGCUUAGAUCUACACUGGAAGGGAAGGAGAAACUGAUUUCAACUUAUUUAUUUAUAGUUGUGGCCACUGAGCACUGAAGCACAUUUAUUACUAUUCUGUAUUUCCUUCAAUGCAGAAUUGAAGGACUGUCAGGAACUUCAACCCAGUAUUGUUAGUUGAUUACUCCUACAAAAGCUCGGAGAAAAACUGAGACGACUAAAUGAGAAAUGAUCAUCAAUACUUCAUAAAAUGUGUAAAGUCUCCUUGUAGCUCCACAGCUGCACUUUGCAGCAGAGACACCAUUCAGAUUUGAAAUGGGUCACUGAAAUUUGGGCUGCAAAUUCAUGAGCUGCAUCCUUCAAAAGCCACAUUUAAAGAUUGAUUACCUCACAGCUUCAUGAAGAAGAUUGUCUAGAUUCAAAGGUUCCUCAAGAUGCAUCGUUCUGUCCCCGGAUUUGAAGGGUUUAGUUUGUCCUUCGUGGUCCAUCCUAUCCCAAGAUGCACUGCGGCCAGAGAGUUUUAUUCUUGUAAAAAUGGCAGGUGAAAUGGGAGAUAGAGUAGGAGAGGAGAACUGAGUUAAAUCUAAAAAAUCUAAAUAUUACAGAACAAAACUCAGAAGCUUGAAGUGGUUGCGGUUUUUGUCUUUUAUCAUCUGCGUAGAUGAGUAGUAAUAUUGAUACAAAAUUACUAAAAUAUUUAUUUAUAAGUGUAAUAUAUUAAAAGGGUGACAAUAAUUCUUACCAGUUCGUGUUUAGUUGCUAGGCGACAAGGCAUAUGCAGAGGUCAGGGUGGGAAUAAAUCUGAGGUUUGGACCAUCCAGUUUUACAGUCGCUCAUUUCCAGUCGUUACAGUCGAUGAAGAACCCGGCUAACGUCGACCGUUUAGGUUCGAUGUAAGCCGGUAAGUUCAGAGGAUGCAGCCUCUGGACCCGGACUCAAUCAGUUACCGUCUUAAAAACUGGUUUCACUCCAAAUCUAAGUUUUUCCCACAGAAAGUUCAGUGAGGAUGAAACAGAAACGUUCUGUAUCUAACCUUCAUGACCACAGUUUAAUCUCCACAUGUACAGUUUAUAAAUGUACUGUUAGAUAUUUUUUCUACGUUCACACAGUGAGUCCUGCUGAUAGAAGACUUACAGAGUUCUCUCCUUAAUGAGCCCAGAGACCCAAACUCUAGCUCAUUGAUCUCUGAUGUUUUCUUUCCAAGCUGGAAGUGAUUUUUUAAGGUGCCUGAUAUCCAACAUAAAAUAUGUCAGACUGAAGUUCACAGGCUGGAACAACAGACGGUCCAGUCGCUCUGGCUUCGAGAAUCGUUUGGAUAACACGCAGAGUUUGUCUUUUCUUUGAGGUAACGAACAGAGUGAUGCAGAGGGUAUCACCAUGGCAACCAGUUACAGAAGUCCCCGGUUCUGGUUCUUGCUCAGAGGGUUUGAUAACGGCCGCCCUGUUGACCCGCUCUGAUUUAAACUUUUUACAUCACAGUUUGAAAUGAGUCAGUUCAGGACUAAAAGCCUAAAUGACAAACAGGAAGAGCUUAACUGGACUUCCUGUACUCGCUAAAAUAAGAGUCUUUCUCUGUCACAGGUUAGAUGAUAAUCAUGAAAGAAGAAAGGUCAAAUAUGUUGGAUUUUUGGGCAGCAGCAUCAGAAUAAUUUUCCCUUUCUGUAACAGGGGCUGGAUUUUUUUGUGGGUGUGUUUUAAAUUAAAAGUGCCAGAAAAAUGAUUCAUAAGCUGUGAAAUAUUCAAGGAGCUCUCAAAUGGAAAAAACAAGAUGCAACAACAAUGAAAUCAUAUGAAUAUGAAACAAGCGCUGCAUGUUUUAUAUGUCAGACUGAGGUUAAAAGAACUAAUAUUUCAUUUUUUUAAAGAGGCUGAAAAACAAACUGCUGAGAAAAUAAAACAGGGAUGAGUCUGUUUUACCGAAAUGUAACACAAAACAUCUUUAACCUUUCAACUGUUAAUUUCAUUCAAACUGAUCAGCAAUCAGGUGCAACCAAAACUAAAGAAACUGAUCAGAACCAUAAGAACACAGUGGAUCAGGACUGUAAUCUCUGUUCCACAACUUUCCUCCCAAAAAUGAGAGUUUUUGGUCGAUUCAGAAGGAUUUAAACCGUAUAUAACAAUAUUCUUCUGUAAGUUGAUCACAUUGGAUUAUUGAGUUUAAAAACCAAGAAUCUGGUGCUUUUAUUUAAUAAAAAAUAUACGUAUUCGCUAUAUUGGAUGUGAAGAAAAAGAAGCUGCUGUGUGUUCAUGAUAAUCUGGGUCUAAUUUCAAGUCUGCUGGGGUUGUGUUUGAAGUGGAGCAGCAUAAAUUGCAUUUAUGUUUCAUUUAUAGAAUAGAGAUGUUCUUUUGUGUAAAACAAUGAGAGGCUGGAGCUCCCCCCCCCCCCACCCCCUGCUGUCUGGGCUUAAAUUCCUCCUCAUUACCGACUCUUUCUGCAGCAGCAGAUGGAGCAAUGCAGGCUGGGAAAACCUUUCUGAUCAGGAAGUGGAUCUCUCUUACUGACGCCUUUAACUCGUUCUUUAAUCAUUAAUUAAAGCUGCUCUGUGCAGGAAAUGAAAAUAUACAAAACCCAUGAAGCUGCUGGGUUUUAAUCUGUAAGUGGGACAGAAUCAGAGACGAAGGAGCAGAAAUCUUCCUCUCAUUCGGACCUUCAGGUGGAGAUGUUUCAGUCUGAGUCCAUUUGGUUGUGCAGGAACCAGAGCUGCAGACUCUGCAGUGGUCCUGGUGGGUUUUGGUCAGGAAAUGUUCCCGGAUCGGUUCAGUCAUGCAUCAGAACCUCUGAACUGCCCUCGCUCUGGGCGCAGAGCCACAGUGGCUGUGGUCCAUGUUCUGCCACAGCAGAUAUGGAGCCUGGAGUCCAGCAGACACACACAGGAAAACACACACUCAGCAGUGGAGACGCCAUCAGGCCUGUUCACCUGGACGUAAUAAAUAAACUACAAUGAGAUUCAUCCAGUAGAAAUAGUGAAGUUAAGAGGAAACUUUGAUUUGUUUGUCUUUGGUUCUUCUGUUUCCCAUCAUUGAUCCAAACCGUUUCAGCCUUACAAACAAAGCUGACUUCACUGUUGUAACUUUGUACAGAAGGGAAAAAAGAAAUGAGGCUUUUCUGAGUUAUUUUCUAUUCAUGUGCUGAAAUAUCUCUAUGGUAACGCUAACUUUGUGUUGUUCUUUUGACAGUAGAGUCGCGGCUCUUCAAAAACAUGACUGAUCCAUUUAUUUUGUUUUAAGGUUUCAAAUGUCCACCUGAAAAAUGUGAAUCAAUAAAAACAAUUAAACGAGAUGUCAGCUGAUAAUUAACUAUUAAAAUGUGUAAAUUUAAGAAGGAAAACAUGAACUGCAGCAAAAGUAGAGUAAUAAAUGUGAUGUUUGUAGAGAAACAACAGGAUAAAACAACCAUGACAAAGGUCAGAGGUUAGUUAAUUAGAUGUUACCAGUGUGUGAUGUGUGUUUGUGCCAAUAGAUCCUUCACUUUAAUGAAUAUUUGAUGGAUUUCUUUACUUUGUUUGUACCAAACAGUUUGGUUCACAUGCAGCUCUGCAUCCUAAACCAACAGUUUUGCAUCUGUGCUGUUUUCACAUGCUGUUAACCUAUUUGUGUUUUAUAUGAAACAUUAUCACAUGUCAUCACCUGCUCUGCAAGAGAAAUCCUUUAAAGGAGAAAAACGAUCAGAACAUGAACACAUUUCCUCCCCUGUGACAUCAGCUGCUUCCAUGACCCAUAAAAUGAAACACGUGGAAGUUUAAUUGGGUUGAUCUGGGUUAUAUAUAUCUUCAUUGUUUUAUUUAACGACUCUUUACCAGGAUGUGUCUUUCAUAGAUUUAUGAAAACAGGAUUUGGGUGCAAAGUGUUGAUUUUACUGGAGGUUUUCUCAGAUCCUCACAGGGUUCAGAACCUGUCCUUAAUGAUUUUUGUCUUAACCUGAAGUUUUACUGCCAUCAGUAACCUGCUGGGGUUCUUCUGAUUGGACGUUUGAGUCUUUUUGGCAGAACUGAUUGGAUUCACUGGAACUGAGGAAGAACUUCAGAAAAUCGUCCAUAAAGGUUGAGGUUGGGGCUUUGGAACGACCAACGCAGAAUCUUAAUGUUAAUGCUUAUUUUAUUCAUUUCCAAAGCAUUUUAAAUGUGUUUGGGAUGAUUGUUCUGUCGGUGCCCCAAACCGGUUCCAAGUGUCAACCGUCCAGCUUUUAAUCUAAGAUGAAAUUUGAGAUUUUAGUUGUAGUCCUUCAUUAUUCUACUCACUGUCUGACAUGUGUCUUGGUACUGUGGUCAAAAAACAAAACGGAAGAUUAUCUUGAAGCACCUCUGCAUGAUGACUCCAUCCUGGAGAAAGAACAGCCUAAUAGUCUCAUAAUUAAAAAUGUUCAUGUCCAUAAUGAGUCGUAGAAAUCUUCUGACUGGAACUGUACCUCAACAUUUCAUGACAAUAAACUAUU